AUUGACAGUUUAAAACGUCAAACGAAAAUGUUAAUGAGAAUAUUUAUCUACCUUGAAGAAUAUCUCAAAUAACUAUGAUCUCACUCUUUUAUCUGGUGUUAAUUUAAGUUUAUAAAGUGUAUUAGUAUAUCAAAAUGCAACAAUCCCCGUUUGAGAAUAUUUUUAACAUAAUUGGCGGAUUAUCCGAAGGAAAUGAGAAGCCCAUGAAACAUGGGUUCUAUAACGCAUUUGCCCUGUUCAUUCUAACUAUAUGCUGUGCUGCAGUUUAUGUGCUGUUUCUUAUACUAGAACCCUUCUUCAAACCUUUGUUUUGGGCCCUUUUAGUGGGUUCGUUGCUGCACCCGUUCAAAUACAAAUUGUCUAAGAAGUUGAAGUCAUGGUUUGAAGAUUUAGAGAAAUGUAACAAAUCUGUGGUAUUUGGGUUAAUGUUCUUACCUGUAAAUGUUGUUAAUUUUGCUUCGGACACUGUGGGACAUCAGUUCAUAGAACAUUACAAGACUGUAAUUGGGUUACUCUCUGCAAUAUUUGUUUUACCGUGGCUCUACAACGCCAUUCCCCGAAGUUUGGUCUGCAUAUUCUGGCAGCUGAGCAGCUUCAUUGGCUUCUCAACUACAAAGCUCAUUGGAUUUUGCAGCUCAUACAUUACUCUGACCAUAGCUCUGGCUUAUUUAAUAAGCAUAUGCACAUUAUGGAGGCCAGAGCGAUCUGGCAUGUUUAAAGCAUCAUCGCAAUUCCUCUGGCUCGUUAUAACGAGUUUCCUGGCCAGUCUGACUGGGUCUCUGCAAGUCUAUACAUUUGUAAUGCUGCAAGGGCUAUGUGUAGCUGGAUUUGCACUUGAAGUGAUUGAUGUUCAUAAGGAGUUAUUAGCGAGAGAUCCUGAGACAUCAGCUAUAGUUGCAAUCCAAAAAGUUCUUACGAACGAACAUUGCAAAGAUGCAAUAAAGCAAGAUGAAAAGCCGGAACAGAGCGCUAGUGAACAGGAAUCCACUCCCGAGAAAGAAUCCCCUUCUCCCGCCACCCCUGAUGCCGCUACGAAAAGGGGAAGCUGGGCAGAAAGCGAUCAAAUACACAGCUCGCCUCGCCACGCCAAAAUGCUGUACAAAACUCGAACAUUAUCCGCCUUACCACUAUCGAAUACGAAAACGAAAUCCGCCUUCGAAAAUCGACUCAUCGCCUCUUUCAAACAAAGAUCGAUGGACGAAAACUACAUGAAAAACCACUUCAACAGUGAUGAUGAAACCGCCUUAUAUUUUAAACUACUUUUCUUUGGAUGCCUAUGCAUGCUCGUGUGGAAACACAUUUGGCUGCUGCCAGUAAUGCUGUUUUUCUUGGCAAUCCAUGUUUUGAAGAGAGUGUUGGACUUCUUUGGAGUUUGGCUGUUCUGUGAGAAUCACUAUAAUAAUUUCAUGGGCAAAGUCAAAACUUGGUGGUCUGACAGACAAUCUGCUGCGGUACCAGCGCACAUUCGUGGAAUCCGCAAAAUCCUCUCUAGUUUAAAUAAAAGCAUAAGAGACGUGGCCUACGGCUCUGUGGAUACUGUGUCUACUUGCAUCGUCAUCACGGGUCUUAUUACAUUUCUUAUCGUCGCUACUAUAUUCAUUUUUAUACAGAUAUACUCAGAGGCAAUAGUGGUGGUCCAACUGAGCGGCAGCCUUCUCAACAGUACAUUCGUACAAAACAGCGAGCUGCACGCUUACCUCCCCGAGGGGUGGGAGGAGAAACUAGAUUCCUUGAUCGACAACGCCUAUACUUAUGGAAAGGAGGGCAUAUCCGCUGGCGUAAAGAGCAUACUCAAAGAAGGCGACCCAGAGAAGAUAGCUCGUGUAGAGGAGCAAAUCCUGCAACUAUGGGACCGCGUGUACCAAAGCUGGGUGUCGGGACAGUUCGCGCCGCAAAUCGGGCCCACGGUCGACGGCAACGCUGUCCAGGACUCGUGGGACAGCUUCGUCCACGACAUCUCUAACACGCCUGGCAUGUUCGACUACUCCGGCAUCGUAGCCUGGGUGCAAGCCAACGUGGGCACCCUAAGCGCCAUAGCUACAAGCAUUUGGGCACCGCUGGCCAGCAAUGUAUCUUUGCUGGCCGGGUCGAUCGGCGCGUUCACGUCGCUUCUACUCUCAGGUGGAGGCGCUGUUAUCAACAUGUUCAUUAACUUGGUGGUGUUCUUUACAACGCUUUUCUACUUGCUGGCGUGCAGCAACGCUCUCUACAAGCCGGUAGAGGUCAUCACUCAAGUGCAGCCCAACUUCGGGCCGCGGUUAGGCAUCGCCUUGUCUGUCGCUAUAAACCAGGUAUUCAGAGCGUCAUUCAAAAUGGCGCUGUUUUACGGGUUAUGGACGUGGUUGGUGCACAAUCUGUUCGGAGCUAAAGUUGUCUACUUACCUUCAGUGUUAGCUGCAGUGCUGGGCGCUGCUCCAUUCCUCGGCCCGUACUUGGCCGGGAUCCCCGCGGCGCUGGACGUGUGGCUGCAGGGCAGGCCUAUGGCCGCGCUGAUGCUGCCUAUCGCUCAAGCUGCGCCCAUCGCCUUUCUUGACGCCGCCGUCUACGCGGAAAUCAAAGACGGCGGCCACCCAUACGUAACCGGUUUAGCAAUAGCGGGUGGAAUAUUCUACCUCGGCCCCGAGGGCGCGAUCCUCGGCCCCCUACUCCUCUGCUGCCUCAUGGUGGUGCUCAACCUUUCCUCUGCCUUCCUCCGCGACACGCCGUCUGAGGAGCGCGCCGCCCUGCAUUCGCGUGUCAGUGUACCAAAGUGGUUGGCGAAUGAGAAAUUGUCUCAGCUUGUUAUUUCUAUGAUGCUCAAAAGGUUAACCAAGGUAAUUUUGAUGAUCAAAUAUUCAUUCGACACAUUUCGAUACUUCUUCAAAGUCCAUUAUGUUCAAAACAAAAUUUCAUUACCCAUUUUUGUAAAUAACUGUUUUAUUUUCUUGUUUAUUGGUGAAUAAUAUUAUUUUUGGUGUAAGUGAUAGGCAAUAAUGCGUGGGUGUUCCUGUUGCUUUAGGUCAUUAUUGGGAUUGUUUUAUAAUUGAGGUGUGUAUUUUUCUUGAUGCUUUUUUAUGUAAUGCACCAUUUGUAGUUAUUUUGAGCACUACGUUUAGACUAUAUAUUGCAUUUUACUACAUCAUUUCUGUAAAAAUAUGCUUGACACUUGUCAACAUGGUCAAAAAGAAAUACAUUAAGCUGCGAAUGCCGGCUUUAAACGGAUUCAUCACGUUUUAUAUCAUAUCAUUUUAUUAUAAAAGAACCACGGCUUUUGAGGCUAGCUCUGCUGUUCUCUGGAAAUGUUAAUAUUGACAAUGUCUACAUUUGAAACUAAGUUGAACGUCCGAGUGUUCGUCACUGUCCCAGUAAUUGUCAUCUUUAAAAUUAAGUCCUAGUCAAUGGAGGUGAUAGUAUCCCGAGCACUAGGACGUUUAGGUACAAGUAUCUGCGACUGUUUUGCCGUGCUACAACUAAGUUAUCCUCGCACGCAACACAUUUCGCGCACUUCAUCACUUGAACAUUAACAAAGUUAAUGUUGUAAUUAUAUUGUUAAAUAAAAGUAAGCUUAAAUGUACGCAUGAUAAUAACAAAAUAAUGCAUGCUGUUUAUAUGUUUGUGGAAAUGUUUUUGGUGGUUUGGUCUGCAUUUACCGAUAUAUAUUAUAUAUGUAUUUAUAUGGUAUAUAAUUUAGUAAUUUCUUACUUUUUACAACGUUUUUAACUUUCUUAAAAUAUAUUUAAUAAUUAAUUUUAUAUUAAUACUCAUUAUUUAAAAUAAUACUCGUAAGAACAAUAAAAUGAUUCCAAAUUUAUUUGCAGGCUCGGUGCUUUUCUCUGACGGGCAUGCAUGGACUACUAACACUCAGUCAGUCCCCAACUGAAUUGUCAAUUAAUAAGCCAAGCAAUGUAUGGUAUGAUAAGUAAUAACGAUGCAUUCGUCACGAGGGAAUUAUCUAAAAAACGGUUGAAUUGAAAAGCUUAGGUGCCUACAUGUUUACAGUGCCGUGACAUGAAUUUUAACCAUUUAAUCAUUCACGGCGCCGAAAUUCUGAAACAUAUAUUAUUGAAAACUUUUAAAUUUAUAGUAACGGGCCGUUUAACCCGCUUCUCGAAAAUCUGUAUUGAUAUUGAGAUUACUUUAUAAUGUUUAUAAUAGUAAGAGAGGUUUCUGAUGUAGGAUCUGGCGUUGUUAUUUUAAUUCAUACCUAAUACAUAUUUAACAUUAAUACACUUGCUUUAUUUAUAGUAUUCAUUCCAUAUGAUACGAUCAGAUUAUACUUACAUGAUGGGUACUCUGAUGUUGUAUACUAAUAGAAUAAUACUUUGGUACUAAUGUGGACAAAUAUACCUACCUUUCUUUUGUUAUCUUACCUACCCUCGUGCCGCCCAAUGUACACUCUGGUUCAAUGGAAUUUGGAACUUUCAUAAAACAUACAAAGUAAAUAACAUUUUACAAGUUUUUUUAUUUAUCGUCUAUUUUUUUCAUCAUCAUUAUCAAUUGCGGGUGGCAGGAGGCUAUAAAUACGUAUCAUUUUCAACCCAGUCAAGAAGUAAUUUAGAUAUGACUAUACAAAAAUAAUAAAUUGUUCUAUGUAUAUCUACAAUGUCAAUAUAUUGCAUAACUAUUACAUCGAUAUUUUACUGUUAUUUUGGUAUUUUGUUCCUGUGUUCUAAAGGUAUUUAUUCCGAAUCUCAUUCAUGCGAAAUAUGAGUAUAUAUCGGAGAUCAUUAUAUUCAUUAUAAAUAUUUGAAAUCAUUAUUAUGUUUAACAGUUAAAUAAUUCAUUGUAUGUAGAGCUUUAAAAUAUUGUACAACCAGCCGCAAAUUGCGUGGCCACUUUAUAAAUGAUUUCAUUAUUAUUAAUAUGUAAUUGUCCAUGCAAUUUUGCAGCUCACUGUACUAUUUAGUGGAUGCACAAUGUUAUGUUAUGCCUUAAUAUAAUAUAAUGCAUAUCUGUCGUGUUGUCCUGAUGUUGUGGAGAGAUAUUUACAUACAUCUAUUUAAUUGUAAACUUACACACAAAGUAACAGGCGUUGCAUGUUAUUAGGUGCUUACCUAUGAAAUUGGCGUUUUUGUUCAUAGAUAUAAGUCUGAUCCUAGUUUUUUUUUUUUUUACAAAAGUACAUACACAAUUACAAUAAAACUACAGUGCACUCAAUAAACAACGAUUUUACAUACAAUUAAUUGUUAUUUUUUAUUGUUAAGUGUUCAGAAUUAAGCCUUGAAAAUAAGUCUUUUCAUGUGCUGUCGGUUCGAGUAUUAAAAUUACUUAUAUUUUUCUAAUGGUACCAAUUUUCAAGAAAUGGAGAUAUUGAAAACAUACCUUAAAGGUGUCAAAAAUUACUGGAAAAAUUUUGUUUGGUUUGAAUUAGCCAUCAAAAAAAUAUCCGCAAAAUUAAUUGUAUGGAAAUUCGUGUUUCGUUGAAAUUCUCCGAACAAAACGCCAAUUUCAUAGGUAAUGACCUAAUAUAUUAUUUAUAUUUUUUGUAAUCAGUUAGUUGAAAUUGAGGAAUUUUGAAUAACAUUAUUUACUAGUCACAGCAUUUAACUUUAUAACUUAACACGUUCGCUACAGAGCGGAAAAUACGUGUUUUAGGUUACGCCUAAGUGUGUUAAUGGCCUAAGAAAAACAAGACUAGUUCCUCGUAAAGAUUUCUAUUCUAAUCAUAAAUUUUCAGAUUUAAGUUCAAAUUAGAUUGCAUUGUAGUGUUAUUUCUAUUUGAUGAAAAUCAGUGCGUGGCCUACACAAUAACGAGUGUCAUACUUUACUUAUACAACGAACUUGUAAGUCGUUAUGAAAAUCCUUCUUACUUUAAAGUCUCUCUAUUAUUUGUUUAAUAGCGUUUUAUCGCCUAUCGCAAUUUCGUGUUAGCAAAAAAAAACAUUUUUAAAAAUUAUAUAAGUAUAUUAUAUUAGUUUACACCUAGCUAUAUGCCAAAUAAAGGCUUCCAGAAUGUCCUUAUAUGCGCAAAUAUUUUAAAACUCCGACUGUACAAUAAUAUAAUUAUAUAGAACUACGAAUGAGAAAGCAGGGUAGCGUAAUCUGGAAAAAAUCUGUGCAUAAAAAACCACAUGGUACCAUCAAUGAUACGUAAAUUAUCUACGUAUGUAAUGUACGUGUAUUUACGUCGCUCUGUAUUUCAUUAUUGAUUCUAUAUUCGUAUCCAGAAUAAGAAAGAAAGAUCUGACAGUUCGGGGCUGGGCGUAUAUUUCAUGAGAUUACCAUGUUAUUGGUUAAUAUAUUAUCUAUCUUGUACUUUUUAUGACUUAAAGUUUAUUUUAUUCACGUGGGGUUUCAUCACUUCUCAAUUAUAUUUUUCGUAAAUAUGCUUAUAAAUAAAAUAUAUUAACUUUCAAACUGCCGUCAGGUUUACUCUCCUAAUUCUAGAUACGAGAAUAGUAUCAAGAUUCGUUAAUGAAUAAGUUACAUUUGUUAAGCAGAGAGCGUUGUCCAGGCGACUGUACAGCUUGGCAAAAAAGAGUAGAAAUUAAAAAGUGGCAACACUGUAGUGUCGUCCCUUUCAAACCAAUUUAUAUAAGAAAACGGGACGACACUACAGUGUUGCCACUUUUUAAUUUCUACUCUUUUUUGCCAAGCUGUAAACAUAUGUAGUGCAGUCUCCAGGAACUUCAAAAGGUUUCGUAACAUGUACUCCCGAUUAUCUGAUUAUAGCUAGUAUAAGGAUGUAAAUAUGUAUUGUAUGGCAUUAUUAUUAUUUACACGCUGUUUUCUCAUUUUUAUACGUGGUUAAAUCUAUUUUUUGAAGCCAUAGUUGGUACUUAGAAAAAUUAAUGAGCUUUGCAUUGCGCUUGUUAAUAAGACCUUGUUGGAAUCGACUUAGUUUUGAAAAGCAGUUAUAAGUAUAUAAUAUUCAUAUUGAUGUUGUACUUUUAAAUAUGUUACGUGCCUAGUAAAACAAUUCAAAAUUGUGACUAUUCAAUGGAAACUUAUAUGCGUUGCCGUUAUGUGUUAUAAAUCUGAAGUUUACCUAUUCCGAAAUAUUCGUAAGAGACAAGAGGUUUUAAAACAUAAAUGUAUAAAUAAAUGACACAGAUUAAAGGCCGCUUAUAAUACAACAAAAACUAUCCUUUUGAGGUUUCGCGAUAUCUAUUUAUUAAAUAUUUAUCGUCACUUUCAUCCAGAAAUAAUAAUAGUGCAGAAAUAUCAAAACAAUAUUUAAAAUAACAUAAGUACGAGUAUAUUGGAAUCAGCAAAGCCCUUACCAGUUCAGAAAGUAUCGUCCAAAAAUGAGUUAAGCCUUUAUCAUAACUAAUAUUAUGGUAUUGUAUUGCAAUUAAAUGCACUAAAAAUAGUUUAUUAUACGCGCAUAUUCGCAUUGUGGCAAAUAAAAGUAAUAUAUUGAUUUGCUUUUAAA